UCGUAGGGGUCCGGGUUAUAAAGGGUGAGACAUCACUUUUUAACCUUACCUCAAAUUCAAACUGCCUUUUCACUUUCUCUCCAAACAAGAAACUACUUACUGUUCAUCUUCUCCUAAAGCAAAACCCCAAUUUCAAACCUGUGAAUCUUGCUCAUUGAUCUUUAAGAAUGGCACCAAAAACUCAGAAAAGGAAACCAGCAACUAAGAGAACUGAUAAGUCAGAGGUGGAAAUUAUGUCGGAACCUCGCCACAAUCAAGUUGCCUAUCUAGAUCCGGAAGACAAGCUGAAUGAAUACAAGGGCAUUACGAAGUGGCUUCGUGAAUCAAGGAUCAAUCAUGCCAUUACACAUCAGACUACUGUGUACAAAUCGUUGAUAAAGGCUUUCUGGGAUUCAGCGGAAGUAGUUGAAGUGGAUGGAACGGAAAUGAUAAGAGGACGUGUUAACGAUCAAGAUGUUGUUGUUUCAGUCGAGAUCCUUAACACAGUCUUACAACUUGGUGAUGAUCCUGAAGCUCCGUAUUCAGUGCCAUUAAAAUGUCAACAAGGCUGUCUACUUCGCAUGAAAUGUACUGGAGACAUUCUGGGAAAGCAGCUGAACAAGUCCUCGUUACCGCUUCGUUACAAGUUCCUACUUCAUGUGUUGAUUCAAUGUUUAAGUAACCGUCGAAGUGGUUAUGAUGUGGCUAACAAUGACCUUGUCGGUUUAAUGGUGGCUUUAAUAUUGAACAAACCGUUCAAUAUCUCAAAGUACAUAUUUGCCAACAUGAAAGAGAACUUGAGAAGAACUGGAAGUGUGACGGGUGGCAGCAAGUUUUGGAUGUACCCACGGUUUCUGCAGAUGAUUAUGAAUGUACAACAUCCGAAUUUACCUAAAGAAGACAAUGAUGUUUUGAAGGUUGAUGUUAUGAACGAAACGUCAUUGAGAAUCUUGAGAGCAUGUAGAGCUAAAAGCUACAAGGAAAGUGAUCCUCCGCGGAAGCUAUUCGGGUUCUUAGGUAACAAUGCGUAUGUAGCACCGGAGAAUGAUAAGUGGCGACAUGACAACAGCGAGUCCGAUGAUGAAGAGCCCACCUUGAACAAGAAGAUCAAAGACAAAUUCGGAAAGAAGAGUGAAAGUGAUGAUGACGAAAGUGAUGACGAAGGUGGUGGUGAUGGUGGAAAUGUAGGUGCUAGUGUUGGUGCAGCAAGUGCACCUGGUGGUGAUGAUGCUGAGUCUGGUUCAGACGACAAUCCGCCUGAACCAGGCUAUGAGCACUUUAUUGACGAGCGUGGGAUUCGUCAAUUGCGUAGAAUUUGCAGUGAUCGGGAUCCGGAUGAAGAUUAUGUUUCAUCUGACAACGAAUCUGAGAAGGCGAGAAAGAAGCGAGUUGCUAUUCAACGAAAGAAGAAGAGUCGGAAAACGAUUGGUGAAUCACAAGCUCAACCUUCUUCAACGCAGCCAUCAGAACCUGUUCAGGAAGCGGAGGUCAAUCCUCAGUUUGCUUUCUCUGCUGAGGAAGCUGCAGUUAUGACAACCUCACUUUCUGAAACAGCCCAACCGCCUCCAACAACCACAUCUGCCACUGAAACACCGGUUGUACCUCCUCCAGUUGAACCACAACAAGCUGGGACUUCAUCUAGUCUGCGACAACAAUCUGAAGCUCAUCAGCAAAGCUCAACGCACCGUGUCAGACUAUUCUCAGAAUUGAAUCCAGAUGAAAAGGUAGAAUUUUUAUUCUCGCAAUUACAAGUUGCUGCAGGUCAAAUCAAUCGACAUUCGGAAAUCAUACGAUCAAAUCUCCAAACGAACAUCGCUCAACAAUUACAGAUCAACACGUUGAAAGAAACUGUGCAGAAACAACAGGCAGAGAUUGAGCGAUUACGAGCCGAAAAUGUUCAGUUGAGGGCUGCUGACAAUGCUCGUGGAAUCGAGAUGAAUCGUCAGAAAGAACAAAGCACUCUUCUUUUACAAAAUGUCGAUAAGUUGUCAGGAAAGUAUGAUGAUAUAACGAAAUGGUACGAUUCGAGGAAUAAGCACAUAGCAGACAAUGUAAAGCAUAUGACGAGCACUUAUGAAAUGACGAGAAAGCGGGUUAACACCCUUUGGCAUGAAAGAUGCAAAGCUCAGGAAGUGUUGCGAAAAGCCUAGAUCCUAAUGUGCAAUUGUUAGUUGUUUUUUUUUUUUUUUUUGUGUGUGUUUGGAUCUCUGACUGUUAUAUGUUUCAAGUCCCUGUCCUUUAUAAGGUUCCCCACGAAGAGUCUAGGUCUUCGUGGGAAUCACUGUACACGAACAAUAAACAGUGUUGUUAGGAGUGUUCACCACCACGAACCCUCAUGGUUCGUGGCCUUUGAAGGGUUUGUUGAUGAUGUCCACGAAGACCUCUAGUCUUCGUGGGCUUGGAUACUGUUCGUGGCCCAGUAACACUCUUCGUAGUGUUACUCGGUAUCAGGGCCUAUAUAAGGACACAUUUGUUCCACAGUUCAGUUAAGAGAGUCCCUGUGAAAGUUGUAAACACUGUGUGUAUGUGUAUACUGAUUCUCUUCACUUAAUCAAAGUUGUGAAUAUUUGGUUA